AUGCCUCAACAACCGAAGCCUCCGAUCUCGAUCGACAAUUCUUGCGCCGCCAUCCGCGAUGGCACCCUCUACGUCUACUCAUCCGACGGUUUCCAGUCCCUCAGCAUGGAGGAGGGAGCAGAGUGGAAGAAGCUUGCCAUGGGCGAGCCGGUUGAGGGUGCUGCCUGCGUCGGAACCACGCCCUCCGAUUCCGACGAUGCAGGCUUCUGGGUGGUUGGAGGAACCGGAGGAACCACCGGCCUGCAGAAGUUUACCUAUUCGACCGGGAAAUGGGAGACUGUGACGCCCCAAGGUUCAAUGAUCGAGAACCGGCGGUUCCACGCCGUUUCGUAUAUCCAGUCUGACGACCUGAUCCUCAUGUUUGCUGGGUCCACCAGCGGCGACGAGGUGCCCACCGCCGAGACCUUCACCAUCCACACCUCAGAGCCUUACCAGGUCGAUAGCUACCCGUCGGCGGCCCCCAACUCGGUUCGCCCCAUACUGCUCCGGAUGAGCGACGCGGAAACGAUCAUGGUCGGCGGCAGUGCCUCCAACACGGCAGUAUAUGUCUUCAAGACGGCUGGCGGCUGGACCAACACCGGCGCCACCCUGGCCGAACCCAUUGCCAAGGACACGACCCAGAUCCAGGGUGCCCUGGUCAAGGGCAGAGACAGCUCCGAGAACCUGUACCUCUUUGAUAUGACGGUGUCGCCCAACGACGUGAAACGAUUCGUCCUCCAAGACGGCUCGGGCAAACCCGUCAGCUCAUCUCCUGCCCUGACUAAGCGCCAGUCGACCGAGAGCGACUGGCCCGACUACAACUCGACCAUGGCAUCGACCGUGACGCGCGAGAACUACGGCAUCGCUCAAGGCUCGGACGGAACUGUCGUCUUUACCGGUGGCAGCACCGAGGAGCCCCUGUCCAUGUUUGAUGCCUACGACAACAGCUGGCUCGAUGCCAGUGACUCGAGCCAUGAUGGCCUUCCGUCCAACACGAUCCUCGGCAUCGUCCUGGGGUCGAUAUUCGGUCUGCUGGCCGUUCUCGUUCUCGUGCUCCUGAUUCUCCGUCGGCGGAGGAACAAGGACAGGCAGGCCGCUGCCGCCGCCGCCGCCGCCGCCGCCGGUGGCUCCAAGUACGACAGGGAGGGCGGCGGUGAGAAGGAUUUCGAGGCCUUCAGGAACCCCCCUGCUGGCAACAUCCGUGGUCACCGACCGACUGGCUCGUCGGAUUCCUACUCUUCCAUGGCCAUCCUCAUGGGUCGCGCCAAUCAGCAGAACUCGGGCGCGCCCAGGAAGGUGGCCAACGAGGGCCCAGCCGCCUCGCGCUACAAGGACAUGAAGAGCCUCAUCAGCAAGCCGAUUCCCCAGGAGGACCCGAACGACACGAGGGACUACGAGAAGGGACCGUAUGUGGACACCAGCGUGGCUGCGGUGCCGCCUCAACAGAGGAGCGGCGCAGCCGUAUCCGGGGACGGCACCAGGCGAAGCUCGGGCUGGAACAAGUACUGGUCGAGCGGCAGCGCCAAGAUGCUUAUCGGGAUCAGUGGUGGCGGUGCCAAGCGCGGCACGGUCGCGACGGACACGGACAGGAGCUCCAAGUACUCGCUGACGGUUGACACCAACAUGACCAACAACGCCAAUACCAGCAACCUCAACCCACGGGUGACGCAGGACUCGGCCACGGUACCGCCUCUCAACUUUGAGGGUCUGACAGCCAUGAGCCGUGUCAACUCGGGCAGCCCGGUGGUGACGGGCCAUCAGGACCUGCCGUUCGGCGAGGGGGUGGCCGGCAAGAUUGAGCGGUCCAACUCGGUCGCCUCGAUGGGGGCCUACUCGAGCGGCAUCCCCGAGAGCGUGACGGACGUCUGGGUGCCGUCCUACGCUGGCGAGCAGUCCAAGGUGUGGGGCACGGAGCGUGCGCCUAGCAGCGUGUACGAGUACGGAGGCACGAGCAAUGCGAGCUCAUUCAACCCUCCGGGUGGCAGGCGGCCAGUCCCCAGCGGCGUGAGCACACAGCCUCAGCUCGUCCAGGCAUCGAAAUCAUCCGACAUGAGCUGGCUCAACCUUGGCGACCAACCCCAAAGGUGA